AUGGAAGUAUUGGAUGAUGAAGUACUCGUAGAAUCUGACAAUGAGAACUUGAUAGACAAUGUAAUCAUGUUGGAAGAUGAUAAUGUUGGAGGGGAUGCUACGAUUGUGCCGGAGGUGGGUAUGAAAUUCAAUGAUGAGAAAGAUCGUGAGGGACAACGACGCUACCAAAAAGGCGCUUCUUUGAAGCCACAACCAACAAUUCAAACGGGUUGCAAAGCGAGGAUAACUGCUUCCUCAGAUGUUCGUGGAAUAUGGAGAAUUUGCACGGUUGACCUCGAACAUAAUCAUAAAACAAGUCCGUCGAAGUCGAGGUUGUAUCGAUGCAACCGUGAAUUGAGUGAACAUGUAAAACGAAGGUUAGAAGUGAAUGAUAUGGCUGGAAUUCCUUUACAUAAGAGUUACAAUUCUGCAGUGGUUGAAGCUGGUGGGUAUGAGAAUAUGACUUGCAUUGAAAAGGAUUGUCGAAAUUAUGUGGAAAAAGUGAGGCGAUUAAGACUAGGCGAAGGAGAUGCCGUGGCAAUACAAUCCUACUUUUCGGAGAUGCAAGCACGUUCAUCUGGGUUUUAUUUCUCUAUGGAUCUGGACGAUGAGUCACGACUUAAGAAUCUUUUCUGGGCCGAUAAUAGAUCUAGGCAAGCAUAUAAGGAAUUUGGUGAUGUAGUGACAUUCGAUACCACUUACCUAACUAAUAAAUAUGACAUGCCUUUUGUUCCUUUUGUUGGAGUAAAUCAUCACGGACAGUCGAUACUUCUUGGAUGUGGGUUGCUGUCAAAUGAGGAUACAUAUACAUUUGUUUGGCUGUUCAAAACAUGGAUGUUAUGCAUGCAUGGUAAAGCUCCUAACGGAAUUAUUACCGAUCAAGACAGGGCUAUGCAGAAUGCAAUUAAAAUCGUAUUUCCAAAUACAAGGCAUAGAUGGUGUCUAUGGGAUAUAUUGAAGAAGUUGCCCGAAAAAUUUGGAUACCAUGUGGAUAAGAGCUCCAUUUUUUCGUGCAUACAUAGAGUAGUGUAUGACUCACACUAUGUUGAAGAGUUUGAAAGAGGUUAG